UAUUUUGUUGGUGAAAAAAAUAACUUUUCUAGAGUAAUAAUUCUACUCAUGUUUAGUAUUCAUGCCCACUUAGAUGAUCAUAUUGGUGAUGGGGACUGCUGAUUAAAUUGCCAAAUGUGAAAUCACCGGGUUAAUAUGGAUGAUAGCUAAGGUCUCCAAAGCAAGUCUGAGGCAAGUAUUCAGGUAUUUGCAAUUCACUGAAGAGUGUUCUCCAGGGAAAACCUGUAAGGAAAAGCAGAAUAAGGGAGAAGGAGGAACCAAACAAGAAUAGGGUCUUAGUUAAAGUCUAGCCUGAGUCUAAUUACCAGAAGGGAGAUUUCUGGAACAUAAACUAUACCUCAGACCCAUUUCCACCUUGAGGUAAUGAGGCUAGCUUUAAAAAAAAAUCUCCAUAUUACUCCCUCCCUAAGGCUACCCUUAGGAUAUUGCAAAAAAAUUUUUUUUUUAUUUUACAAUGGGAGGUGCUAUUCCUAAGGGUGAGUGGGUACCUGCCCAGUGGUUUUUUGAAUAUGAUGUGACUUUUUCGGGACUGUGUAAUAAAAGAGAAAUAGCUUCUACCCUGAGGAAAUUAUGUCUAAUGGUUCGGUAUCACAGGGGUUUUCCUGGCCUGUAUGGUGGAACACAUCUGACCCUGGCAGGACACUCAGAUACCAUAAAGUAACUGAUGGCCCAAUUAAAGUGAGGUGCAACCUUCAGCAAUUAUCUGGUUACUUUGGCAUCUAUCCAGAUGAUUGGCUCCCAAAUUAGAAAAACAUUAAGGCUAAACUAAAAGUUAUUUCAUAGGAACUUUCACAAGUGCUCAUCGGCAUCUAAGUCUGAUUUCUCAACUGCCUCUUGAGCCAGAUUACAAAAAUAAUCAAAUGUGCUGAGUGUGAUCAGCAUCUAAUGAGAGGACAAAUGCCUUUCUUACACAACUGCAGUCAUCUAGGCAACGGCUUUACUACAAAGAUGGGAAGAAACCAGUGUAAAAAGGCUGAAAAUACCCAAAAUCAGAAUGUCUCUCCUUCUACAGGGGAUUGCAGCUCCUCAUCAGCAACGGAACAAGGCCUGAUGGAGAAUAAGUGUGAUGGAUUGACAGAAUCAGGCUUUAGAAGGUGGAUAAUAAGAAACUGUGAGCUAAAAGAACAUGUUCUAACCCAAUGCAAAGAAACUAAGAACCUUGAAAAAAGGUUUGACAAAAUGCUAACGAGAAUAGACAAUUUAGAGAGGAAUAUAAGUGAAUUAAUAGAGCUGAAAAACACAAUACGAGAACUUGGCAAAGUAUGCACAAAUUUUAACAAUCGAAUUGAUCAAGCAGAAGAAAGGAUAUCAGAGUUUGAAGACCAACUUAAUGAAAUAAAAUGAGAAGACAAGAUUCGAGAAAAAAGACUAAAAAGAAAUGAGCAAAGUCUCCAAGAAAUAUGGGACUAUGUGAGAAGACCUAAUCUAUGUUUGAUAGGUGUAAAGGGACCUAAUGCGACAGAGAGAAUGAAUCCAAGUUGGAAAAUAUUCUUCAGGAAUAUUAUCCAAGAAAACUUUACCAACCUAGCAAAGCAGGGCAAUACUCAACUCCAGGUAAUACAGAGAACACCACAAAGAUAUUCCUCAAGAAGAGCAAUCCCAAGGCAUAUAAUCGUUAGAUUUGCCAGGGUUGAGAUGAAGGAGAAAAUACUAAGGGCAGCCAGAGAGAAAGGUCAGGUUACCCACAAAGGGAAGCCUAUCAGACUCACAGCAGAUCUCUCAGCAGAAACCCUACAAGCCAGAAGAGAGUGAGGGCCAAUAUUCAACUUCCUUAAAGAAAAGAACUUUCAACUCAGUAUUUCAUAUCCAGCCAAACUAAGCUUCACAAUUGAAGGAAAAAUAAAAUCUUUUAUGAACAAGCAAGUACUCAGAGAUUUCAUCACCACCAGGCCUGCUUUACAAGAGUUUCUGAAAGAAGCAUUAUACAUAGAAAGGAACAAGUAGUAUCAGCCAUUCUAAAAACAUACCAAAAGGUAAAAAGCAUCACCAUAAUGAAGAAUUUACAUCAACUAAUGGGCAAAACAGCCAGCCAGCAUUAAAUGGCAGUAUUAAACUCAUAUAUAUCAAUAUCAAUCCCAAAUUUAAAGGGACUAAAUGCCCCAAUCAAAAGACACAGACAGGCAAAUUGGAUAAAAAGCCAAAACCCAUCUGUAUGCUGCAUCCAGACCCAUCUCACAUGCAAGAAUACACAAAGACUCAAAACAAAGGGAUGGAGGAAGAUUUACCAACCAAAUGGAGAGCAAAAAAAAAAAAAAAGAAAGAAAGAAAAAAAAGCAGGAGUUACAAUUCUCGUCUCUGAUAAAAUAGACUUUAAAGCAACAAAGACUAAAAGAGACAAAGAAGGACAUUACAUAAUGGUAAAAGGAUCAAUGCAACAAGAAGAGCUAAUGAUCCUAAAUAUAUAUGUACCCAAUACAGGAGCACCCAGAUACAUAAGGCAAGUUCUUAAUGACUUACAAAGAGUCUGAGACUCCCACAUAAUAAUAGUGGGAGGCUGGGCGUGGUGGCUCACGCCUGUAAUCCCAGCACUUUGGGAGGCUGAGGCAGGUGGAUUACCAGGUCAAGAGAUGGAGACCAUCCUUGCCAACAUGGUGAAACCCCAUCUCUACUAAAAAGUACAAAAAAUUAGCUGGGCGUGGUGGCAUGUGCCUGUAGUCCCAGCUACUCGAGAGUCUGAGGCAGAAGAAUUGCUUGAAACCAGAAAACAGAAGUUGCAGUGAGCUGGGGUCACACCACUGCACUCCAGCCUGGUGAUAGAGCGAGACUCUGUCUCAAAAAUAAUAAUAAUAAUAAUAGUGGGAGACUUUAACACUACACUGUCAAUAUUAGACAGAUCGAGACAGAAAAUUAAGAAGGAUAUCCAGGACUUGAACUCAGACCUGAAAUAAGUAAACUUAAUAAACAUUUAUAGAACUCUCCACCCCAAAUCCACAAAACAUACAUGUUUUCAAUAUCACAUCACAUCUAUUCUAAAAGUGACCACAAAACUGGAAGUAAAUCACUCCUCAGCUAUUGCAUAGCAUUUCACAGGUUUAAAUGAAAUAUUGGUUGGCUGCUUGUUUAUUUUCCUCCCUUAUUCCUUCCUGUCUUCAUUGUUAAGCAUGUUUAUUGGCAUAAAAGAGGUUUUUAAUACCCAUUUUUAGACUGCAUUCCAGCCUGGGCAAUAGAGCAAGAUUCCCAUUCUCUCUCCCUCUUUCUCUUCCUCUUUCUUUCCCUCUUUUAUUCUUUUUUUCUUUCUUUCUCUCUCUUUUUCUUUCUUUUCCUUCCUUUCUUUUUUCUCUUUCUUUAAAAAAAAAAGACCUUUACUUAAGUUAUCAUGAAGAGGGAAGCUGUGCAUUGGCUCUUAAAAUCAAAAUUGGUGUCUUUAUCAAGUUAUUGAGCAUAUGCUUACCAGUAGUAGGAGGAUGCCAUUAUUCACUUUACUGUGAAAACUAACAGAACUACAUGUGAAAGCCUUCAUAAACUUAAAGAUGUUUACGGCAAUAUUAAAAGGUUUUUGGCUUUUUUUUUCCUCUUAGUAUCCAUACCAAAAACUUGCAGAUAGUUAUGAAAUCACCAAUAAAUCCCAUUUCUGUGGUUCUCAAUGUUUGUGUAGAUUACAGUCAUCUGGGGAACUCCCAUACUUUUAUCAAUUCAGUCUCUGGCCCUGGUACCCAGGCAUUUUUCCUUCAAGCUCCCCAGGUGUGACUCCAAAAAACAACAGAAUUGGGGAACUAUUGUUUUAAUUGAUGAGGUUUAUAAAGCCAUUGAAUUUUUCUAAAAUAUCGAUUCUCAAGCUUUAUCAUGCAUCAGAGUCAUCUAGAGGACAUGUUAAUACACCCUACCCUGAGAAUAUCUGAUACAGUAGUUCUAGGGUGGAGCCUGGGAGUUUACAUUUUUAACAUGUUUCUGGGUGAUGUUGAUGCUGAUGCUGCUGAUCCAAGACCACCCUUGAGAACCACAUCCUAAAAUAGGAAAUCUGUCCUACACAGAGGGCUUUUGUUGUUGUUGUUGUUUUUAAAAAUUGGACAUAGUCUCCCUACCACAACUUCUGAUUUUAGAUCAAAAAGCACUCUGAAUCCCAGGAACCCCUGUAUAAGAGAAAGAGCAGGCAUCAGAGAUUCCAACCAUGGCUGAGGACCGCAUUUCAACAAGAGAGUGACUAGGAAUAAAGCAUACAGAAAGUCUUGACAGACUAAAAUGUGAUGAUUGAGCUAAGGUGUUGCAUGGUGUGACUGUCAUAAAGUCAACUGAGGGGAGACAUUGAAAGCUGAUAAACAUUAUGAUAAACAUUAUGAUAAUCCCUUGUAUCAGUUACCCCAAAGAAAUGCAGCCAGUGAGCCAGAGUUUAAAAUAUUACUCUACAAUGCAGCCUAAGGCAUCACUGAGCAUUAAUACUUUAUACACUAUCCUAGAACCAAAAUAUCUGAAUCUUCUGUAAAACUGCUGUGAAGGGAUUAUCCAUCUUGAAGUCCAUAGUCCUUUAUGUAAAGAUAUUUCCAAUAAAUUCCUCAUAAAAUGUAAAACUUAUCAUAAAAAUGUAGAAUUUCUCUCUUAAAAGGAGAAAACUUUGCAUCUUCUAGUAAACAAGUAAAGUUUUGUAUCAGUCAGUAGGAAAUACGUUAUUUUUCUCCUUUCCCAGUCUGGGACUAAUUUAACUCUGUUGUACUAAUUCUAGUGAGAUUGUUUUCUACUCUUCCCGUUUGAGAUGAGUCAUAUUUUAAUGUAUUUACUACUUUAUGUGUUUUGCCAUUAUCUACCUCAAGCCUCUUUGAAUUUGUGAAUAAAUAAAUGAAGUAACCAUUUUUCCCCCUCCACCACCUUCUGGCAAAAUUCAUUGCAUUUGGGGAGCCUAAACUAAGGAGUAUUAAUUAGAUGGACAUUCAAGAUUUGGUAGUGAAGGGUGAUGUCACCACAAUAGCCAAAUAGGAAGGCCCAGACCCUUUUUCCCCAAUGGACCAAUUGCCAUUGAGAGAAAUAAAACCAGUCAAGUGUAAAACCAAUAAUAUUAAAGCAAUUUAGGAAAAUUUAUGGCACUUUCUUGCUAGACCACCUUCCACUCCCUGCAACAUAGCACAGAGCUGUCAGUAGAAAACUUCUAAUUCCUAAUUUCUUUCUGGAGAGGAAAAGAAAAGAGUGGAAGAUACAUCUAAUAUUUUUAUUUUUGAGGGGGACGUAUUACCCGAGGGAGUGGUUUCUAUUUUGCCUGAAUCUAAGUGAUUACAGAAACUGGGCUUUGUGAGAGGCCCCCUGAGAACAAAGGCCAUCAGUGUGGCUUGGUCUGCUAUCAGCCUGUACCACAGGCACUAGGGGAGCUCCAGCACCAACAGAGAAAAAUCUAAUGCUUCCUGCCACACUAGAAAGUCCAAAGUACCUGAUAUAGACACUAAGGGAAGCUUGUGAGGAGAAAGCCGGGAAGCUCCUGAGUAGAAACCAACAGAUCUUCAAUUAGGGGUUUAUAUACAAAAGCCCAGACAAUACGCAUCAUUAGAAAAGGCUUGAGAGAUCUGCAUAAUUUCUAGCUGGACUGAUUGCUCUCAGACUGCAAAGACUAGCAGAAGUGUCUGAUUUUUCAAAUGCCAGAAUUCCAACAGAAGAUAAUAGAGCACACAAAGAAACCAGAAGGCAUGGCCCAACCAAAGGAACAAAUUAUAUCGUCUACCAAAAUCAACCCUAAAGAAACACAGGUAUAUGAAUUGCCAAAGAAUUCAAAUUACUCUCAUAAAGAUAGUCAAAUAAUUAAAAGACAGUACAGAUAGAUAACUAAAGAAAGUUAGGUAAAUGAUGCAUAAAAAAAUUAGAGUAUCAACAGAGAUAAAAGAUGGAAACAAAAUUGUUUUUCUUCAGAAAUUUCUCCAAAAAUUCUGGAGCUGAAGAAUACAAUAAGUGAAUUCAAAAUGCAAUACUCAAUUUACUAGAGAGAUUCAACAACAGGCUUGACCAAACAGGGAAAAAAAAAAAUCAGUGAAUUUGAAGACUGAUCAUUAGAAAUUAUUGAGGCAGAGGAGCAAAAAGGAAAAAAUAAUGAAGAAAAGUGAAGAAAGCUGAAGGGUCUAUAGGACCAUCAAGUGCAGCAAUAUAAGCAUUAUGUAAUUUACAGUGAAUAAAGAGAGAAAAAGACAGAGAGCCUAUCUGAAGAAAAAAUGGCUGAAAACUUCCCAAGUAUGAACAAGAAAAUAGACUCACAAAUUUUAGAAGCUCAAAAACUGCAACUAGGAUGAAUUCAAAGAGAUAUACACUGAGACACAUUAUAAUCGGUGUCAAAAGUCAGAUACCAAAAGAAAACCCUGAAAGCAGCAAGAGAAAAGCAACUCAUCACAUGCAAGUAUGCAUCUAUAAGAGUAUCAACAGAUUUAUCAGCAGAAACUGCAUGCUAGAAGGGAGUGGGAUGAUCUAUUCAAAGUGCUGAAAGAAAGAGCUACCAAUCAAGUAUACUGUAUCUGGCGGAACUGUCCUUCCAAAAUGAGGAAGAAAUUGAAACUUUCCCAGGUAAACAAAAGCUAAAUGAGUUUAUCACCACUAGAUCUACUCUACAAGAAAUGCUGAUGGGAAUCCUUUCACUUGUAAUGAAAGGAUGACAAACAAUAAAAAACCAUAUGAAAAUUUAAAACUCCCAGCUAAAGGUAAACAUACAGACAAACAUAAAAUCCUGUAGUAUUGUAGGUACUUUUAUUAAAUCUGGUAUAGAGUUUUUUUUUAAGUAUAAAAGGUAGCUAUAAAUUUAUAUUAAUAGCCAUACAAUACGAAAGGAGGUAAUUUGUGUCAUCAGUAACAUAAAGUGGGGGAGCAGGAUGUAAAUAAAGGGAGAUUUUAUAUGUGAUUGAAGUUAAAUUGUUGCCAGCUUGAAUAGAUUAUAAUAACUUUAAGGUGUGCUAUAUAAUUACAGUGUUAACCACAUGCUAAGGGAAAUGAGCAGAAAAUCAAAACAUCAGUUUUAAAAAUCAAGGCAACACAAGGCCGGGUACAGUGGCUCAUGCCUGUAAUCCCAGCACUUUCGGAGGCCAAGGCAGGUAGAUCACUUGAGGCCAGGAGUUCAAGACCAGCCUAGCUGAUGUGGUGAAACGCCAUGUCUACUGAAAAUACAAAGUUUAGCUGGGCGUGAUGCCACAUGCCUGUAAUCCCAGCUACUCCUGAGGCUCGCUUCAACCCAAGAAGCAGGGGGCUGCAGUGAGUGAGAUCACAACACUGCACUCCAGCCUGGGUAACAGAGUGAGACUCUGUCUCAAAAAUAAGUAAAUAAAAAUUAAAACAAAUAAAAAUCAAGGAAACACAAAAGAAGACAGAAAGAGAAGAAAGGGGAAAAACGAAAGUUAUAAGAUACAUAAAACAAUUGAACAAAAUGGCAAUUAUAAGCCCUUCCCUAAUUAUCUCUAAUUAUUUUAAAUGUAAAUGGAUUAAAUGCCCCAAUUAAAAGAUAUAGAUUGACUGAGUGGAUUAAAAACAAACAGGAUCUAGCUAUUUGCUGUCUAGAAGAGGCAUACUUUAGAUCUAGGGGAACAUACAAGCUGAAAAUGAAAGAAUAGAAGAAAGUAUUUCAUGCAAACCAGAACCUAAAGAGAGCAGGGGUAACCAUAUUAAUAUCAUACCAAAUAAACUUGAAGACAAAAACUGUCACAAGAGACAAACAUUAUAUAAUGAUAAAAGGAUUGAUUCAUCAGAAAGAUACAGCUAUUAGAACUAUGUGUGCAUCUAACAUUAGAAUUUCCAAGUGUAUGAAGCAAACAAUAGUAGGAUACUUGGAUACUCUAUUUUCAAUUAUGGAUAGAACAAUCAGACAAAAGACAAGUAAGGAAACACAGGAUGUGAACAACACUAUAUGCCAGUUGGACCUAACAAACAUAUAAAGAACACUGCACCCUACUACAGCAGAAUAUGAAAUCUACUCAAGCACACAUAGAGCAGUGUCCAAUAGAGACCUUAUGUUAGGAUACAAAUAAGUUUUAACAGAUUUAAGAAAAUUGAAAUCAUACAUAAUACUCUCUCUGACUAUAAUGGAAUGAAACUAGAAAUUGAUAGCAGAGGGAAAACAGGAAAUCCACAAAUAUGUAAAAAUUAAGCAACUCGCUCUUCCGGGGACGUUGUGUGCAGGCACUCAGAAUGGUCCAGAGUUUGACAUACCAACGUAGGCUUUCCUACAAUACUGCCUCUAACAAAACUAGGCAGUCCCAGACCCCUGGUAAUAGAAUUGUAUACCUUUAUACCAAGAAGGUUGGGAAAGCACCAAAAUCAGCAUGUGGUAUAUGCCCAGGCAGGCUUCGAGGGGUUCGUGCUGUAAGACCUAAAGUUCUUAUGAGAUUGUCCAAAACAAAGAAACAUGUCAGCAGGGCCUAUGGUGGUUCCAUGUGUGCUAAAUGUGUUCAUGACAGGAUCAGGUGUGCUUUCCUUAUCGAGGAGCAGAAAAUCAUUGUGAAAGUGUUGAAGACGCAAGCACAGAGUCAGAAAGCUAAAUAAAAAAUGAAACUUUGAGUAAUAAAAAUGAAAAAAAAAACAAAAAAAAUUAAACAACUCCUUCUUAAGCAACCAGCGGGUUGAAGAAGAAGUCACAGUGUAAUUUAGAAAAUAUCAGGAGACAAAUGGAAAUGAAACUACGACAUACCAAAACUUAUGGAUGCAGCACAAGCAGUAAUAAGAGUGAGGUUAGUGAUGAUACUUACAUUAAAAAAAAAGAAAUAUCUCAAAUCAGCAUCCUAACUUUGCACUGCAGAGAACUAGAAAGAUUUUUAAAACUGACAAAUCAACAGAUGUAACAAAAUAAUAUACGUUAGAGCAGAGAUAAAGGAAAUAUAGAAUACAAAAAUAAUAGGAAAAAAAUCAGUGUAAGCAAGCAUUGAUUUUUAAAAAGGUCAACCAAAUUGACAAAUCCAUAGUAGACUGAGAAAAAAGAGAGAAGACUCAAAUAAAUAAAAUCAGAAAUUGAAGAAGACACAUAAAACAAAUGAUUCAGAAGUAAUAAGGAGUAUAAAACAACACUAUAAAUAAUUAUGCACCAAAAAAUUAGAUAACCUAGAAGGAGCAGGUAAAUUGCUAGAAGCAUACAACUGCUUAAGACUGAGUCUUGAAGGAAUAGAAAAUGUGAAUAGACUUAUAACUAGUAAGGAGAUUAAGCAGUAAUUUAAUCCUCCUAAUAAAGAAAAUCCCUGGACCAGAUGCCUCACUGGAGAAUUCUACCAAAUAUUUAAAGAAUUAACACUAGUUUUUCCCAAACCCUUCGAAAGAACUGAAGAAGUGGGACCAUGUUUAAACUCAUUCUGUAAGCUCAACAUUAUCCCAAAACCAAAAACAAACAAGGAUGCAAGAAAACUACAGACCAUAACCCUGAUGAACAUUGAUCCAAAAAUCCUCAACAAAAUACUAGCAUACUCAAUUCAGCAGAAUGUUAAAAGGAUUAUACCUGAAAUGCAAAAUGACUCAACAUACAAAAAUCAAUCAACGUACAAAAAUCAAUAUAAUAAGCUACAUUAACAGAAUGAAGGACCAGAACCACGUGAUUACUUCAAUUAAUGAAGAAAAAGCAUUUGACCAAAUUGAAUACCAUUUCUCUUUCUUUCUUUCUUUCUUUCUUUCUCUCUUUUUCUUUCUUUCUUUCUUCUUUCUCUUUCUUUCUUUUUUUUUUUUGUUUUUUU